UAAAAAUAUGACAUCCACUAACUUUGAACUUGUUCAACUAGACGAUGUUGAUUUGAUAAAGUUUACCAGAGAGCAAAAUGGAUCAGCAUGGAGAGGACUGUUAACUCCGGAGCAAUAUAUAGAAAGAGAACUGGUACUCGGAAAGUCAAAAAUGGCAACAAAAGAUGAUAAUAAAUUACUAGUAUUCAUGUUGAGAGAUAAAUCUGACACACUGAAGCGACUUUGCUCCAUAGAGCUUCUCAUUAGGAAAUCAUGGGUUUAUAAGUACGUUGAUAAUGCCGUUCAACGUAAAAGUGUCCUCUCCGGAUGCAUUGGGGGUGUAUUCACAUACCCAGAACACAGAGGUAAGGGGUAUGCAGCUAUUAUGGUUGAUGAACUUGUUCAUUUGGCAAAAAGUAAAUUAUUGGGUCCAGAUGGAUUUGUCUUUUUGUAUUCAGAGGUUGGUGAAUAUUACACAAGAAAUGGUUUUAAAUCUUUUGCAGUACCACUAGUUAAAGUUCCAAUUGGCGAUCAUACAAGUAGCCCACCUAUUAAAUUUGAUCACAUCUAUGAAUUGCUUCAUUAUAAACAAUUUGAAGAGAUCCUUGACAUCCAUAAUUCGCAGUUUAAUGCAAAACUCGCACAACUCACUGCAACUGAUUUUAAAUCAAGGGUUGCUUUAGAUCCAACUGUUGAUAUUGUUGACUGGUUUCAUCUUAGAGCGAAGUUUAUAUCAUCAAAGUUGUUUUAUAAAGAUAAUUUUGAAAAUCUAUCCAACUUGUCUUAUGAUCAAAUUCUUGAAAAGUUCCACAAAAUCGAUCCAGAUAUUUUUGGAAUCAAGUCAACAUCUGACGGAAAGUUUGUUGGUGGCAUUAUUUGGACCUAUGACUGGUCACUCAAUGAAGAAACAAAUACUUAUGAAAAUAAGGCUACGAUUUUGAAGAUCAUAGUUGAUGAGAAAGUUCAUGUUGAUGAUAUCACUAAAGAUUUGAUAUUAAAAAUGAAGUUAUAUUUGGAAUCAGAAAAUACUCAUGAAUGCUUAAAAAUAAUCAACCAAUUUGUAUUGUGGGAAUCUGAAGUCAGCGAAGAAGUGUUGUCUUGGUUAACAGGCAACUUGAAUGCUACGAGGAACCAUGAAAAUGGUUCUAGAAGUGCCAUUUUAAUGAAUAAUGAUCUGGAUGAUAAAGAUUUGAAAGAUGGCAAUUUGAUUUGGGAAGGUAACGAUAAGUUGCCAUGGUUUUAAAAUUUUACAUGUAUAUAGAGAUUAACUAUAAUCUAAGUGAAAUGUAGAUAAUUUCAUAAAAAAAUACUGUCCUAAAAUGUCACAUCAAUAAAAUUCUAAUCUAUUCCACGAACCACUUUAUAUAAC